AUGCAGGCUAUCAAGUGUGUAGUCGUUGGAGAUGGAGCUGUGGGUAAAACAUGCCUGCUCAUCAGCUACACAACAAAUGCCUUCCCAGGGGAAUACAUUCCAACAGUAUUCGAUAACUAUUCAGCUAAUGUGAUGGUGGAUGGCAAACCUAUCAACCUGGGAUUGUGGGACACAGCUGGACAAGAGGACUAUGACAGACUGCGACCUUUGUCAUACCCACAGACAGACGUGUUUCUUAUCUGUUUCUCAUUGAUAAGCCCCACCAGCUUUGAAAAUGUUCGAGCUAAGUGGUUUCCUGAAGUUAGCCACCAUUGUCCCAGCACACCUAUAAUUUUAGUUGGCACUAAACUAGAUCUACGGGAAGACAAGGAAACCAUUGAGAAGCUGCGUGAGAAGAAGCUGUCUCCCAUCACCUACCCACAAGGUCUAGCAAUGGCUAAAGAAAUUGGUGCAGUCAAAUACCUUGAAUGUUCAGCUCUCACACAGAAAGGUCUCAAGAAUGUAUUUGAUGAAGCCAUCCGUGCUGUGCUGUGCCCAAAGCCGAAGCCAAAGAAGAAGAACAAAUGCAGGAUUUUAUGA